CUUUUCUUUUUAGUCUUUUAAUAAUUAAUGUUUUUUUUUCCUCUAUAAACAUGUUUAAAUUCAUAUUCACAUUAUUUAUUGGUUUUCUAUUUAUCAUUUUUACUGUUUAUAAACAAUUCAAAAAUCAAGCACAACAAAAUCGUAAAUUAUUUUUUGAAAAAUUACAAUGGUCGAAUCAUAAGUCAGAAUCAAGACCUUUAAUAAUUGGAUUUUUUCAUCCAUAUUGCAAUGCUGGAGGUGGAGGUGAAAGAGUAUUAUGGACCUCUAUAAGAAGCAUUCAGAUAAAAUACCAAAAUGUGAUUUGCGUUGUAUAUACAGGAGAUACUGAUGUAACAAAAGAUGAGAUUUUGGAGAAAGUUAUGUCCCGAUUUAGCAUCAAACUUAAUCCAGAAAAUUUAUUCUUUGUCUUUUUGAAUAAACGAAAAUGGGUAGAGGAUGUCAGAUAUCCUAGAUUCACUUUAUUAGGGCAGAGUCUUGGUUCAACAGUUCUUGGUUUCGAAGCCUUAAAAAAGCUUACACCAGAUUUCUAUUUUGAUACUAUGGGUUAUGCAUUUACAUAUCCUUUAGCUAAAAAAAUGUUUGGAUGCAAAGUUGGAGCUUACGUGCAUUAUCCAACUAUAAGUUCAGAUAUGCUUAGUAAAGUUCAAGAAAUGAGACCCGGAUUUAAUAAUGAUCAAUUGAUCGCCAGAAGUCGAAUACUCAGCGCUGGAAAGAUUCUAUAUUAUCGAGUGUUUGCUUAUCUUUAUUCGUUAGCAGGUUCAUUUUCUGAUAUAGUAAUGGUAAAUUCAACUUGGACAAAGGGACAUAUAGAUCAAUUAUGGGGGGUAAAUAGCAAAAUAGUUUAUCCUCCAUGUGAUACUGCUUCACUAACUAAAUUACCUUUAGAAGACAGGCAAAGAACUAUAGUUAGUGUUGCUCAAUUCAGACCGGAAAAGGAUCAUCAGCUUCAACUUCAAUCAUUACGUUGCUUAUUAUCAAAUUAUCCAAAUUUCCGGCAAGGACCGGAAAAAAUUGAACUUGUAUUAAUAGGCGGUUCUCGUAAUAAAGAUGAUGAAGAUAGGAUACAAAAAUUAAAAGAGUUAUGUAAAACACUAGAUAUUGAGGAUAAUGUGACUUUUGAAAUCAAUGCAAGCUUUGAAAGGCUUGUUUAUUGGCUUUCAAAAGCUAAAAUUGGAUUACAUACAAUGUGGAACGAACAUUUUGGAAUUGUUGUCGUAGAAUAUAUGGCUGCAGGAUUAAUUCCAGUAGCUCAUAAUUCUGGUGGACCUAAAAUGGAUAUUGUUAUUCCAUAUAAUGAUAAUAUAACAGGUUAUCUUGCAAGUACACCGGAAGAAUUCGCAACAAAAAUUGCCAAUGUAUUUUCUUUAUCAGAAGAAGAAUAUAAGAAUGUGCAAAUUAAUGCUAGGGAAAAUGUAAUAGGCAAAUUUUCUGAAAGUGUAUUUCAAGAAUCAAUAUCAAAUUUGCUGGGUCCUAUUUUACAAGAAAAUAAUAAUUAAUAUAAUUAAGUUAUUUAUUAAUUAAUUAAAGAAAGUAAAAAUUUUAUUUAAUUUAUUUAAAAAAAGAAAAAAUUAUUAUUUAUAUAGAAUCAAUUUAUAUAGUUAGAAUUUUUAGACUUUUGGCUUAAUUUUAAUCAAAAUAACGGGUGUUUAAAACCCUGGUUUCCAAAAAAGGUAAUUUUUUAUUAAAUGUUGGUCGGAAUUAAAUUUAACGAAAAAACAAGUUAAAUGUCAAAAAUAAACCUUACAAAACAGGCAAAAAUACACUUAUUGUAUAUUUCUUUUAAGUUAUAUUUAAACAAAAUAAUAUUUAGAAAUGAUUUUU